GGGGAGAGGGCUGCCAGCAGCACCGGGACCGACGCGCGCACCAGCCCCAGAGCCCGGCUCGGGCGCGGCUGCGGCGCCGCCCGACUCCCGAGCCCAGGCGGCGGCGGCCGGCGCUGGACCAUGGAGCGCGGGCUGCACCUCGGCGCGGCCGCCGCGGGCGAAGACGACCUCUUCCUGCACAAGAGCCUGAGCGCCUCCGCCGCCAAGCGCUUGGAGGCGGCUUUCCGCUCCCCGCCCCCGAGCAUGGACCUGUCCCUGGCGCCGCCGCCUCGGGAGCGCCCGGCGUCCUCCUCCUCGUCGCCUCUGGGCUGCUUCGAGCCGGCUGACCCCGAAGGGGCAGGGCUGCUGUUGCCGCCGCCCGGGGGAGGCGGCGGCGGCGGCGGCGGCGGGGUGGGCGUCCCCGGGCUGCUCGUGGGCACCGCCGGCGUUGGGGGCGAACCUAGCCUGAGCAGCCUGCCGGCUGGGGCCGCUCUGUGCCUCAAAUACGGCGAGAGCGCCAGCCGGGGCUCGGUGGCCGAGAGCAGCGGCGGCGAGCAGAGCCCCGACGACGACAGCGACGGCCGCUGCGAGCUGGUUCUGCGGGCCGGCGGCGCCGACCCGCGGGCCUCCCCGGGCGCGGGAGGCGGCGGCGUCAAGGCGGCCGAAGGCUGCUCCAACGCCCACCUCCACGGCGGCGCCAGCGCCCCCCCGGGGGGCCCGGCCGGCAGCGGCGGCGGGGGCAGCAGCGGCGGGGGCAGUGGCGGCGGCGGCGGCGGCAGCGGCGGCGGCGGCAGCAGCAGCAAGAAAUCCAAAGAGCAAAAGGCGCUGCGGCUCAACAUCAACGCCCGGGAGCGCCGGCGGAUGCACGACCUGAACGACGCGCUGGACGAGCUGCGCGCGGUGAUCCCCUACGCGCACAGCCCCUCGGUGCGGAAGCUCUCCAAGAUCGCUACGCUGCUGCUCGCCAAGAACUAUAUCCUCAUGCAGGCGCAGGCCCUGGAGGAGAUGCGGCGCCUCGUCGCCUACCUCAACCAGGGCCAGGCCAUCUCGGCCGCCUCCCUGCCCAGCUCCGCGGCGGCGGCGGCGGCGGCCGCUGCCCUGCACCCGGCGCUCGGCGCCUACGAGCAGGCUGCCGGCUACCCGUUCAGCGCCGGGCUGCCCCCGGCCGCCACCUGCCCGGAGAAGUGCGCCCUGUUCAAUAGCGUCUCCUCCAGCCUCUGCAAACAGUGCACGGAGAAGCCUUAAACACCCCCCACCCCCCGAAAAACAUAAGACCGACCCCAAAGCUAGAGGAGAGUGAAAAGCUGCUCCCCACCCCCCUUUAUUUGGUCCUCUCGUAGUCGUGAAACAUUUGCAGAGAAAACAAAAGCAGAGGCGAGAACUGCGGAGAACUAUCAGAGACAAACGGGACUUCUGGCCUCGACAUCCCCAGAAUCUCGGUCUUCGGGGUGGGGAGGGAGGGAGGAGGGAGGUGGAGUUGGGAUAGAGUAUGGAUGUCUUUUUUUCUCGGAAAAGUGGCAACUUUGGUGGCAGCCUAGACCGCGAGGAAGCAGAGUUUUCCUUUAAGGGUAAAAAAUAAGUUGAGAAGUAGGUGUUAUUAAGCGUGGAGAGUAUUACGUGGCAAAAUAGUAAUCCUACUAAUAAUUGUGAAUUUGGCCAGUGCUGAGGGGGAGAGGAGUCGUCCGGGGUUGGGUGGCUUGUGGCACGGAAUAUUCAUUCAGACAAAUCAGAAAGGGCACUUGAAAAUAAAUUUUGAUUCUGAGCCAGGAGAAAAACUUGAAAUGUAGAUUUAUUUAAAUGAAGAAAAGAAAAACAAAAAACAAAAACAGGAAGAGACACGUUGCUAUGAAAGACUUGUAUUUUUUAUUGUCUCUGAACUUUAAUCCUGUGAAAAUGCUCAAAAGUUUUGGCAAGAGUGAUAUUAAAAAAAAAACUGACUGUGGCUGACAGAAUUGCAUUUAAAAAUAUUUAUGUGCACCUUGUUACUUUCCACUCUGCAAUGAUGUAUUAACGAUUCAUGGUAUUUAUUUGUUAUUCUUCAAUGACCCUUCCACAUCAACAGUAUUUAUCCUGUGUUAAGGUCAUGGGGUCUUAUGUGCAGAUUUUUUUUAAUGCCUCUAAAAUUCUGUUUUAUAGAUUAACUUAUAUUGUGUGCCAAGUGUUUAAAAGGGUUUAUUUGCCAACAAGUAUGAAGAGACAUACUGAUGUAUCUGAGCUGCUUAGGUUUAUCAAAGGUCACCUGGAUAUCUUCAGCUGCAUCAUCCCUGUAUUUAAAUUGAGCUUUAAUAAAUUGCUUCAGUCCAAAAAUUACAGGAAAGGUGUAUUCUUAAUUGAUGAAUGAAUUGAUCUCUUUUUUUGAAAGGGGACUCCUUUGCAUUCUAAAAAGGAAAGACAUCACAGCAAUAGAUCCUAUAAGUAAGAACAUGCUAAGCAAAUAUUUUUCCAGGCUGUGCUGUGCAUUUUUAAAAGGUCUAAUUUAAUUGCUUUUAAUAUAUGUAUACAUAUAUAAGUUAUUUUAACUGUGGAGAAUUAUUUAAGUUGAAAGACUGGUUUGAUUUGCCUAUGGUGUGAAAUCCUUUGUUAUUUUUCUAAAAAAAUUUUUAAAAGAAAUAAAAUAAAACUAAGGAAGAGCAAGAAGCUAUUUACCCAAAGCGAGCUUUCAGUUUUAGUUUGCAUGGCUGUUUGCCUGCCUUUCUAUCCUACGAAAAUCAAGAAAACCUUUUUUAAAAAUGGAGUCCUGCUAUUUUCCACUCCUUGCAGAUAAUACUAAUUCAGUUUGUCAGGUUGGAUGAUGAGUGGGGAGCUAUGAUGGAUCUAUUGGCGGGUUUUGGAUGUGUAAAGAAUGAUAUAUAUAUUAAAUAGGUCAAUCAGACUAUGACAGCUAUGUACAACCAUUUGUAUGUGUAUCUAUGUCAGAGAGAAUCUUUAUUAAAAUAUUUUGAUCAAACA